CAUGCUCAGUCGUGCAUUUGGAGGCUAGCUUGACGUGUGAGACUUUUAUUAUUAGACCAGCCGUGAGCCCCGAUCAGAGUCCUCUACCUCUUCAGUACUCUCCCAGAAUCGUGGACAUUCACAAGAAAGAAAAAAAAAACGGUCAGCGUAAAAAAAGAAAUUGUUUUCAUUUAGUUGUGGAUUUGGAGAUACACUUGAAGUGCUCAGAGAGUGAGAAUGAAGCUGCGGUGGUUGUGGAUGUGUCUGGGGCUGCUGUGCCUGGCUGCGGCUGUCCGCUCACACGAGGAGGAGGAGGAGGAGGAGGACGACGGCAUUGACUAUGAGGCCCAGGUCAAGAACUUUGAGGAGAAACCCACAGACACCAGUGACCAAGAAGGCAGCAGCCAAUCCUUCCAGGUGACAUACAAGACUCCUGUGCCUACUGGCAAGGUGAACUUUGCAGAAACAUUUGAUGACGGAUCCCUAGACGGAUGGAAGAUAUCUAAAACAAUGAAGGAUGACACUGAUGAUGAAAUUGCAAAAUAUGAUGGGAAGUGGGAAGUGGAGCCUUUGAAGGAGAACACCGUACCUGGAGACAAGGGACUGGUGCUGAAAUCCAGAGCCAAGCACCAUGCCAUAGCAGCCAUGCUACAGGAGCCAUUCGUCUUUGAAGAGCAACCCUUAGUAGUGCAGUAUGAAGUCAAUUUCCAGGACGGAAUCGAUUGUGGUGGUGCUUAUAUGAAACUUCUUUCUGCAACAGAUGAUUUGGAUUUGGAAAACUUCUAUGACCGAACUCCAUACACAAUUAUGUUUGGUCCAGACAAGUGUGGUGAAGAUUACAAGCUUCACUUCAUCUUCAGGCACAAGAACCCCAAAAAUGGAGACUACGAGGAGAAGCAGGCCAAGCGCCCUGAUGUUGAUCUGAAAAAAAUCUUCUCUGACAAAAAGACCCAUCUUUAUACACUUGUACUGAGUCCAGAUAACAGCUUUGAGAUCUUCAUUGAUCAGACCAGUGUGAGUAAAGGAAACCUCUUGGAGGAUUUUGUCCCACCUAUAAACCCAGCCAAAGAGAUCGAUGAUCCUAAUGACAGCAAACCCGAGGACUGGGACGAGCACCCAAAGAUCCCCAACCCAGAGGAAACCAAACCUGACGACUGGGAUGAAGAUGCUCCAGCAAAGAUAGAAGAUCCUGAUGCAGUGAAACCUGAAGGCUGGCUCGAUGAUGAACCAGAGUACAUAUCGGACCCUAAUUCAGAGAAACCUGAAGACUGGGAUGAGGAGAUGGAUGGGGAAUGGGAAGCCCCUCAGGUCCCCAACCCAGCCUGUGAGACGGCCCCGGGCUGUGGAACGUGGAAGCUGCCUAUGAUCAACAACCCCAACUACAAGGGCAAGUGGAAGCCUUCCAUGAUCGACAACCCCAACUACCAGGGAAUUUGGAGCCCAAGGAAAAUCCCGAACCCAGAUUAUUUUGAAGACCUGCAUCCAUUCCGCAUGACUCCCUUUAGUGCAGUGGGCUUAGAGCUCUGGUCCAUGACUUCUGACAUCUACUUUGACAACUUCAUCAUCUGCUCUGAGAAGGAAGUGGCUGACCGCUGGGCAGCUGACAGCUGGGGCCUGAAAAAGCUGGUGGCCAGCGCCAAUGAGCCAAGUGUGCUGAGUCAGCUGACAACAGCUGCAGAGGAACGUCCUUGGCUGUGGAUCGUUUACAUCCUGACUGUCGGGUUACCUCUGGGGCUGGUUGUGCUUUUCUGUUUCCCCAAGAAGACAGAUGAAUUCGCCGCCACCCACAAGAAGACGGAUGCCUGGCAGAAAGAUGUGAAGGAGGCAGAGGAGGAAGAGGAGGAGGGCGAAGAAGAGCAGGAGCAGGAAGGGAAAUCAAGACUGGAGAGAAAAGUUAAUGAGGAACAGUCAGCUUCAGCUAAAGAAGAAGAAGAAGAUGAGGAGGAGGAGGAGGAGGAGGAAGAAGAGGAGGAGGAGAAGAAGAGUGAUGAGGAAAACGGGGCUGCGGGAGGAGGCAGCCAUGAGGAAGAGGAGGACGAAGGCGGCAACAAAACUGAGUCUGUGUCGGAAGACGAGAUGAAAGAUGCUGAUGAAGGUACAGGAGAUGGACCAAAACAACCAGUCCGUAAAAGACGAGUAAGGAAGGAAUAAACCUCAUCUUCCACAGCUAGUGUUUGUCAUUCAGUUUCUUUUAACAAGCAGUGCAUGCACACACUGGCAUGCCCAACAUGCAGGCUGUCAAGCUGGAGGCAAUGGUGACUAACUAGAUUCUCUCCUAAACCACUCAUGUUCACACCACCGCCCCCCACCCCUGACUGCAGACCCAAGCCUCUAAACACACUCCUUCAGUCUUCCCUUUAAAGACACAUUUCUCUGAAGAUAACACUGGAAUGUUUAUUACAAUAAUACCAAUAAAAACAAAUGUCUCCUGACAUCCAAUGAGGUGUAUUUUACAGCUACAUGAUAACAAUAUUAACAUGUGAUGUGUACAAUUUAAAAUAGUGCAGUUUUAUACAGAAAUGUACAUAGGAAAAAAUGACAUUAUUUGCAGCUAUUAAGCCAGUGAGUUUAUUGAAAGUUAGCAAACUAAAUGUAAAGAAAGUGAAUAUAUUAGUGGUCCAGUAUUUUUAGGUUUUAAUUUAUGUCUGUUCUAUACAAGAGCAAAAAUGCACUGAAAGUCUGUAAUGUACUGUCUUGAUUCCACUAAGGGUUUCCUUUUGUUUGUUUGUUUUUAUUUUUCCAAGAGGAAUGAUGCUUUUUUUUUUCACACAUUUUUUGCAUAGUAGUUACAGCUGUUUUGCUUUGUGUGAUCCAAAGUUCAAACAGAUGCAGGAGCAAUCAAUUAUUUCUGUAUAUUUGAAUUAAUUUGGGAAAAGUUUACAGACAAUGGCGACCCGGAAAACUUAUCAGCCACAUACUGCAAUUACAAAAUGGCAUAUGUUUUUUCCAGGUGUUAUAGUUUUAAUGUUUAUCGCCAGGUUGGGGCAAUAUCUCUGUUUACAAAUGUUUGCAAAUUGUAUAUUGCUCUUGGAAAUAAAUACUUAAUACAAAGUGUCAA